UCCGUUCGAAUCGCAGGCGCCGCACUCACCACCCACCGCCGCUCCCCCGUCGACGUCGCCACACAUUGUCCCCGUCCGCCUUUGCCUACGCCUCUGGAAAAUACAGUUAUUCGAGCGCGAUUCCGCGGCAAGGAAAGUAUCUCCUUGCUUUGAAUUGAAUUGAAAAGAAGUUUGCAAGUCGCGUGAGUCCUUCGCGUGAGUGUGAGCAGCUCCUUCUAGAGGGAUAUUUAUUUGUGUGUGCUCUCGUCUCGUGUGUGGUUGUCGGGUCAGUUGAGCGUUCAAGGACUCUGCUGCAGCGAAGAAAACCAGAAUCAGAAACAGAAACAACAAUAUGUAUGCAAUAACGGCCAGAAACGUGACGGCCGCGUGCCAAUAAAGACGGAGGAGGGCAUUGAAAAGCUGAAGGGGAAAUAUCUGAGAGCUCGAGAAAAUAUAUAUUGCAGUUGAAUCCUCCUGUGAUAGCUAUGCAUUUCUGGAUCGACAAGCGCUCGCAGCAGUGCGGCUUUGGACGCUCCCGCGUGGCCGCCUCGCUGUCCCAUGCCGGCAGCGGCCUGAGCUAUGGCCAUCCGCCGAGAAGAGCCAAGUCCACUAGUUGCAGCGGGAACAAUGCGGGCGGCGUCGGUGGUAGUGGCCAGGCCAUGCCCUCGGUGCAUCGUACCUUGCCGCAGGCACCCUACGACCUUCAUCAGCCGGGCACGAGUCGUCAGUCGCAAUCGCACUCGCAUUCCCAGUAUGCAAAUAACAAUUCGCACCAGCAGCAGCAGCACAUGUUGCAGCAACAUUCCAGCGGCGGCACCAGCAACAACAACAACGCGAACAGCAGAGAUCAUGUUGCUGCCGCAGGAGCACCAACCACUGCCAGUAACAACAACAAUGCGGCCUCCUCGGCAGCCGUUUUAACCGGAAGCGGAACCAUCGUUCCCCUGGUAGCACGUGGCUCCCACUAUCAACACCAUGGCAGCACACGUUAUGCACCCAGGAUACAGCAGCAACAGCAACUGUUGCAUCAGCAGCAGCAUCAGCAGCAACAUCAGCAUCAGCAGCAACAUCAGCAUCAGCAGCAACAUCCGCCGCAGCCUCAGCAACACUACAGCUAUCAUCAUCCGCAGUUUGGCAACAUGGCGGUGCCCGUGAGAUACUACGAUGCGCAUCAGCAGCAGCAACAGCAGUAUUCGGGUCAUGUGUACGCUGACGAUGCCUACAGCGCCUACCACCACACAUCCCAUCACCAGCACUGCACAAGCAAUCACUCGAGCAGCGGCAGCCACAAUCCGCGUCCAUCGACUGCCUAUGCUGCGCCACGUCGCCACAAUUCCAGCAACAGCAUGAGGCAUUCCACGACGCCAGUGGCAGCCACAUCUUCAACCGGGGUGGUCACAUCAUCAUCAACAGCGGCAGCGGCAGAAGUGACCACUGCUGCUACCACAACGGCACCGGUGGUCACGGCUGGAACUACUUCGCACAGCAACCAGUUGCAGCAGCAACACCAUGCCCUGUUGCAGCACGCAGACUCGCAACUGCUGCCCAGCCACCUGAAGUGCGGCAUGUGCGCCUCCCUGGUACUGGCCUCGGUGUUCGUGGCCGGCACCAAGUUCUACUUCGACCACCAGGGCACGGGUCUGGAGGUGCUCAUUUUCUGCGCCUUCUCGGCCACCUUCUUCCUGGCCGCCUGCAUGGUCAGUCUGUGCCGCAUUCCCAAGGGACUGCUCUCCAGUGCGGGUCGUGCCGAAGCACGAGCAGCUGUGUGCCAGAGCCGCGGAGUAAAUUCUUCCCUGGCGGAGUUCGAUGAGACCCCUCCCCGCGCCUGUGUCUACCAGAUGAGGGUGCCAUUCCAGGAGCAACAACAACUGACCGCCGGAAGUCCACCGGCUGCGGCAGCCACUGCUGGUCCGCCGCCCUACCACAUAGCCAUACUGCUGCCGGAACAGACACCGUCGACGAUGGGCAAGCAACUGCCCCUGGAUGAGUCGCCACCGCCGUCUUACGACAAGAUUCUGGUAUAGGGACCCCGACCUGAUCCUUGACCCCCAAUGCACAACGCCAAGUACUUUUGCUCAGUAUUUUUCUAAAAGAGAUAUCACCAUUUAUAUGAACAUUUACACGGCAUAUAUACAUAUAUAGAUAUAGAAGAUAUAUAUCAGAUAAACAUAAACUAUAUAUGCGUACACGAGUAUGUACUUUUAAGCCCCGGAGUAAUAUUUUUACAAUUUCUAAGCCCUCUACUAGAACCAGACUCUUCCAUCCCCCAGGCCCAGAGACCCGAACACGUCUUCUUCUAUUGUCAUUUUUGUUCUGUGAUAUGCUCAAGAGAUCAACAAGUCGUAAGCUAUAUAGAUCAACGUACAUAUGUGUGUGUGUUAAACCAUUAGCUACCAACCAAUCAGCCAAUGCAACGAUAAAAAUGUAGAAAUAGCUGGUACCGUAAAAGUAAAGGGAAAUCAAGCAGCAGUAUUAGUGGCCAGUUAAAAAUAAUAAAGUAACCAAGCAAGUGGAAGCAUUCACUUAUCAAUAAAUUAAGU